AUGGCCAAGAUUGUACCGCCAAUGAACUUUGGCCUCGUCGAGGACGAGCUCAACUUCUCCUUUCUGGAAAAGCUCGACUUGAGGACUGUCAUUUGGGUCGGUGCAGAGGAACCGACUGAUGUCUUCAUCUCGUUUCUAGAGUCACAAGGGAUCGUUCUGCACAACCUCGCCCCACAGGUCAGCCUCAAUCCGCACUUCCCCCCGCGGUACUGUGACUCGGGCGUUGUUCCUCUCAGUGGACAAUACCAUCUCCCACCACUCCCACCCCCAACCGAGCCGCUCAUCAUCCACGCCCUCACACUCCUCCUCCAGCCCUCCACUUUCCCUACUUUGCGUUGGGCACUGAGCUCUAUUUUGGAAGAGUACAGGCGGUAUGCGGGUAUGAAGGUCCGCGUCCUCAACGAGCAGUUUAUCGAGCUGUUCGACACAGAUCUCGUGUCCAUCACUGCCGAGACGCCUGCAUGA